AUGGAUAAUAAAAUAAAGCAGCGUAUAUGUGGAAUUCUUGGUGGUUUGUCCUAUGUUUCGACAACUGAUUAUUACAAUCAAAUGAAUGAACUCGUUGGUAAAUUAUUACCUGGUCAUGGUAGUUGUAUUCAUAUUGUUUCAGUUGAUAUUUUUCCUUAUGUUGAAUUACUUAAUAAAAAUCAAUCAAUUGAAGUUAUUGAUAAUCUUCUCAAUGCUGUUCAUCAAUUAGUAAAAAGUGGUAUUGAUUUUUUACUUAUUGCUUCUAAUACAGGUCAUAUUGCUGCACCUCGAAUAAUUGAAUAUUAUCCAAAUCUUAUUUUUAUUCAUAUAAGUGAUGCUGUUGCAUUUGCUAUCAAAGAAAAAAAAUUAAAAAAGAUCGGUUUUUUGGGAACGAAAUUUGCAAUGAAAUUAGAUAGUUGUGUAGUUAAACGUUUUUUAGAACAUAAUUUAGAUAUUGUAUUACCUCAUCAUGAGGAUAUAGAUCGUCUUCAUCAAAUUAUUAUUGUUGAAUUAAAUAAUAAUAUAUUUACUAAUGAAUCAAAACAAUUUUAUAUAUCUGUUAUGCAACGUUUAUAUGAUGAACAACAAGUUGAAGGAAUUAUACUCGGUUGUACGGAAAUUCCUCAACUUGUUCAACAAAAUGAAAUUCCUCAUUUACCAUUAUUUGAUUCAACACAAUUACAUGUACAAUUAGCAGUCGAUUAUCAACUUGGUCGAUGUGAUAUUGAACAAUAUUUACCAGUAAUACAUGCAAAAAAAGACUAA